UCGUUAUCAUGUGAGAAACAUCGUGUUGCACGUUGCACUCGGAACGGACGUCGUUAUGGCCGGCAAUUAUAAGAGUUUUAUGAGACUGUUGGAAUCGUGGCCGUUGGACAAAAGCAAAGCUGGCAGAGACCUGGGACAGCACAUUCGUGACCAGUUGAAGACCGCGUUUGCGAAAGGCGAAGCCACCGUCCAGCCGAAUCCGGAGCAGUGUAAUCGGUAUUACUCAAGCUUGAAUCGGCUUUCGUCGAAUUAUUAUGGACAAAUUUAUAAGCGCUCCUUGUCGAGCACCGCGAGCGGGCUGAACAGGGAGCAGUGCAACUUGGCGUUGACUCCGGAAAUGUUGGAGUACUUGAAGCAGGAGGACAAGGGAAUAUUUCGUACAGUUUAUUCAACGAUAAGGAAUACUAUAUCGUUAAGAAAUGCCAGGGAUUAAACUCGCGUACUUUGCAAUUAGGUUUAACAGGAAUAGAUUUUGUUUCGUCGACAGAGCACACUCAUUGUUAGCGAAAGGUGGCUUCCUACGCUCAUUCGAUGUGAGGCGAUGUAGUUUUAAAUGCGAUGUUCGCUCCGACAGGAGUCUUCACGUGCCCGUCAUGGCACAGGAAGUGCUGACGCACAUGGCUCCCUCGCCAGGCAAGACAUAUAUAGACAUGACAUUUGGUGUCGGUGGACAUGCCACCAAAUUGUUAGAACGUUCGCCAGAUAUAAAAAUAUUCGCGCUAGAUAGAGAUCCUUUGGCGUACGAGUACGCGAAGAACUUGUCGCAGCGGUAUCCAGGGCGGGUAGUUCCUUUGUUGGGUAAAUUCUCCGAAUUGCCGCAGCUACUUGAAGAACACGGCGUUAGGAAAAAUAGUAUGGACGGCAUUUUGUUCGAUUUCGGCUGCUCGUCAAUGCAAUUUGACGUGGCGAACAGGGGCUUCUCGUUGUCGAAGGACGGACCGUUGGACAUGAGAAUGGACGGAUCUCGAUACCCGGGACAGCUCACUGCCGCGGACGUGGUGGAGAGGGCGACGGAGGAGGAUUUGGCACGCAUUAUAAAAAUUUACGGACAGGAGAGGCGCGCCAAGAGAAUUGCACGUGCCAUUGUUGAAGCCAGGUAUAUGUUUAGAAAGUUGGAGACAACGAGGGAAUUGGCGCAGCUGAUAGAGUCCGUUCUGGGCGGUGAGAUCAGGAGGGAUAGCCUCGGUAGAUUUGCGCACAGCGCCACGAAAACAUUUCAGGCGCUUAGAAUUUUCGUUAAUAACGAGUUAAAUGAAAUCAAUUACGGCAUACUUCUCGCGCAAGUGUACUUGAAACCGUCCGGCCGUUUGAUAACUAUCUCCUUUCACUCGCUCGAGGAUACCAUAGUCAAGAGGCAUAUAUCUGGAAACAUAACGGACAACGUGGCUAAUACCGUGGCGUUGAAAUAUGCGCAACAUGGUAAGAUGUUCGAUAUAGAAGAAGUCAAGAGAUUGACAGAAACACCGUGGAAGAUGAUGCACAAGCAUGUCUUGACGCCCACGGCUGAGGAGAUUGAGGCAAAUCCGAGAUCGCGAUCCGCGAAAUUGCGUGCUAUUAUGAAGGUGAAAUGACAUGUACACUUUUAUAUGUAUGACAGUAUGUCGAAGCUUGUAAUAGUUCGCGCUCUUUUUAUCAAUGUACAAACUUGUUGAGAUAGUACACUUGCAAUGUACGUAUUAUAUAUUUAUUUUAACAGGAUGUUUUAUCAUGCUGUACAUAAAUAAUAAAGAUUGUAAGCUUCUCGAGUACAAAAAAAUUUAUUGGCAUUGAUUAUAGCGAUUAUAUUGAGUGCAAUUAUAUAUAUUGAUAUGUAAAUUUUCUCAGAAAUUAUAUUAAUACAGAUAUUGCGAAAAUGUUUCUUCCGCUGUGCAAAAAUAGAGAUUUAAUUUAAAA